AUGGGCGACAAUAACGAAGCAGCCAUGGGAGACUCGCCCUGGUCAAGCAUCCCAACCAAUCUGCUGUUCGCAGAGUUGCAACGACGCAAAGAUGAAGGCGACCGGCCGGCUUGCGGAGGAAAGCAAACAGGAUGGUACGAUACUGUAGCGCACGUCUUCGCGCUGUUGUUGAUCCUGGUCCUGAGCACAUUAGCUUGUGGAUUUCCACUAAUAUCACGACGAGCGACAACCGGAAAACGACAAAAGAACAUCAUUUUCUACUGCCAACAUGUCGGAACGGGUGUGCUGCUCGCUACUGCAUUUGUGCAUCUCCUACCGAUGGCAUUCCAGUCCCUGACUGAUCCGUGCUUGCCUUAUUUUUUCAGCAAAGGUUAUACGCCGCUUCCCGGCUUUGUAGCCAUGGUAUCUGCCAUAAUUGUUGUUGGCGUCGAGUCAUAUUUGACCGCUCGUGGUGCCGGCCAUUCGCACUCACAUGCCCACGACUUUUUCGAUAACGACGAAAGCGAUGGCGAUGGCGAGUUUCACGAUGUGCCGCUGCAUGACCAUCCUGGCAUGUCUGAACGACGGACGAGGAGCCACCGACCCGAGGAUAUAUCUAUGGAUGAUGUCGAGGCGACCCAGGGACUUGUGGCCGGAGUCUCGCCGCUGCCUGAAUCUACACCUACGGUAGGCACACGGCGACGCCAAUCCAGAGAGAAUGACUUCACCGAUGGAGAUUCAGACCUGGAGCUUGACAUGGACGAGUUGGAUCCUGCUCCCGAGAGCAACAAUCACAAUGGGCCAUAUGCCUCCCUUACAAAGCCGAGCACCCGAGCGGACCCCUCGGACCCGACUCCACCCCCUAAGUCGCCAGAGGAGACGAGACGACAGCUUCUGCAGUGUCUUUUACUUGAAGCCGGUAUCUUGUUUCAUAGCGUUUUUAUCGGCAUGGCCAUCUCAGUGGCGACCGGACCGGCAUUUGUUGUCUUUCUGAUCGCCAUCAGCUUUCACCAGUCCUUUGAAGGUCUUGCUCUAGGCAGCCGUAUCGCCGCUAUUCAAUUUCCCAAGAAUUCCAUUCGGCCAUGGCUCAUGGUUCUCGCAUAUGGCUUCACUACGCCGCUCGGCCAGGCUAUCGGCCUGAUUGUGCACAAGAUGUAUGACCCUGCAUCCAUGGGCGGCCUUUUGGUGGUUGGAUUUAUGAAUGCCAUUUCGUCAGGGCUUCUAUUGUACGCUGGACUAGUGCAGCUUUUGGCAGAAGACUUUUUGACAGAAAAGAGUUACCGUGUGCUCAAGGGCAAAAAGCGUCUUCAAGCGUACUUGUCAGUUGUUGGAGGCGCCCUGCUAAUGGCGGUCGUGGGUGCGUUUGCAUAG